CCCCUUGCGCGCAACGCGCCCUCGGCGAUUCAUUGUAUCGGAUUGAGGAGGAGACGGGAGUCGGCACAGAACAGCAACAGGGACAAUUGCCAGCCGUCUAAAUUGCAGGCAUGGCAGCGAUCCGCAAGAAGCUGGUGAUUGUGGGUGAUGGAGCCUGUGGGAAGACCUGUCUGCUGAUUGUGUUCAGCAAAGACCAGUUCCCAGAGGUGUACGUUCCUACGGUCUUCGAGAACUACGUAGCUGACAUUGAGGUGGAUGGGAAACAGGUGGAACUGGCUUUGUGGGACACAGCUGGACAGGAAGACUAUGAUAGGCUCCGCCCCUUGUCCUAUCCUGAUACUGACGUCAUCCUCAUGUGCUUUUCCAUAGACAGCCCCGACAGUUUGGAGAACAUUCCGGAGAAGUGGACACCGGAAGUGAAGCACUUUUGCCCCAAUGUUCCCAUAAUCCUUGUCGGUAAUAAGAAAGAUCUACGCAAUGAUGAACACACACGUCGAGAGCUGGCCAAAAUGAAGCAGGAGCCUGUCAAGGGAGAGGAGGGCAUCGACAUGGCCAAUAAGAUUAGUGCAUUCGGCUACAUGGAGUGCUCGGCUAAGACAAAGGACAGUGUGCGGGAGGUCUUCGAAAUGGCCACCAGAGCAGCGCUACAAGCUCGCAAAAGAACGUCAGGCAGAAGAUGUCUUAUCCUCUGAGCUGCAACCACUGGACUCAGUCUUUCCCCAACGUAGGGCUCAGAAGUGAUGCGAGGCGAGGCGGGUUGGUGGGCGGGAGCCGGGAGGGGAGGGGAGGGGAGGUUUGGUUGAGUGUGUGAGCACAUAAGUGUGUGGAGUCCUGAUGCCUCAUGCUUUUCACGUUCAGCAGUUCCCGAUCCACACACAUGCACACGACUCCCCACUGAACUGCCAAACUCCCUGGACAAUACAGUUAAGACCAGUUCAGAAAAAAGUGCUAUUUUAUUUGUGACAAAAUGGGAGCUUUCAUCAGUAUUUAAGCUUCAGAUGGAUGAGGACAUUGCUUUUGGAUUUUUUUUUUGUCAAGUUUUAAUGCUUUUUAAAAAAAAAUCUUUUUUUUUUUUAUUUGGGACACUGUCGCUCCACCCUCCUGCCAAAAUACUGUUGUGUGACCUUAUGAGAGAGCUGACCUGCAGUCAAAUCAGCAUGACCUUCUAGGUCCUCAUGUACGUACGCCAUGAUAACCAACAGGGAUGAACUUUUAUUUUUUAUUUGUCUUUAUUAUUAUUUGUUGUGUACAAAUCAUUUUAAGGCUUAUUUGAAAUUCAGUGAACGAUAAGUUAAACUUGAGAAAAAAAGGUCAAGGAAAUGCUGUUCCAAAUAGGCAUGUAUUCAAGUUUGUAAAUAUGAAAAAUGAAAUGUACGCAUACUCACGUGUGACUGCCAACUUGACAGGAGGCUGCAUUUGUAAAGUAGGUUUUCUUGUGUAAUAAAUGCCUUUCUACAAGGA